UCUGGUUUUCAUCGUCUCAAGAGAACGAGCCGAGAAGAAAACUCUCUGAAGACGCCACCGAUGUCGUCGCGGGACAGCGCGGCGGCGGCGGCGGUCGCUCGGUUCGCGACCGCGUGUGAUGGCGUAUUCCUCGGCAUCACGCUGGCCUACUUUGCCUUCCAAUCUUGGGCGAACUACUUCUCCAUCUCAUCCUCCCUCCGCCGCCUCCGAUCCGCACCCAAUCCCCGCCUCUCUGAUCUUCGAUUGCUCCUCAAUUCGGACGAAGACAGCGAUGAAGGUACGCUUGUUGUCAUCCGUGGCAGUGUCCAGCCCAAACCUGCCUCUGAUCGCGGUUGGACGACCUCCCAACUCGUCUCCUGCUCUGGUGAGCGGGCUGUGGUAGUGCAGAGAACGCAGACGUGUCUUUACAAUGAAUGGACUGGCCUCUUUGGUCGGAGGUUUGAUCUCCAUACUCUUCUCUUCAAGUCUAUGAAAGAACAACAGUCAAGCUCAUUGAGAUCAGUUCCAUUUGUACUGAUGGAGAGUAGCACCCGGCCCAAUUCUGACUAUGUGAGUGUUAGCUUGGAUGGAUCGGCCCAUCAGCUGCCCCUUGCAACUGUUUAUCAUCAUCUGCACCCGGUUCAGCCUUCUCCGUACACAUUCUUGCAGAUCUUAUUUGGUCAGGGAUACCCGAUUGCUUUGCUGGAUGAAGAAAAAAUACUUCCAGUCGGAAAGGAGGUCACUGCUAUUGGCAUUUGCACAACAAAAGGUGGUGCUGUCGAGAUCAAGUCAUGCAGGGACCUUCCAUGUUUCUUGUCUGAUAUGACAAAAGGUGAAAUUGAGUCUGAUAUGGCAACUAGAUCUGGAGUACACUUUUGGUGUGGCCUUUUGCUUGGAACUAUGUCUGUUGGUGUUCUUGGUUAUGCCAUUCAUAGGAACUGGUUGAAAUGGAAAGAGUGGAGAGAGAGGAGGCGCCAAGCCCAGGAAUUACAGAGGGAAGCCACUCCUGAAAUUAAUGUAGAUGAUGAGACUGGGGAUGUGGCAGAUGGCGAGCUCUGUGUUGUCUGUUUGAUGAGACGGAGGAGAUCUGCAUUUGUCCCUUGUGGACAUCUUGUGUGCUGCCCACGUUGUGCCUUCGCUAUUGAGAGGGAAGUUUCGCCAAAGUGCCCUGUUUGUCGGCAGAGCAUCAGAACCUGCAUCAGAAUUUUUGGUUCAUGAGGCAUGGAAGAUGGUUUUAAAACUGCAAAACUUCCGGCCUGAGCAUUAGUGUUGACAGCUUCAUUCAACCAAAUACAAGUUGACACCAAUUCCCAAUACCAAUUUAGAGGCCCUUGCCUGGUAAACUCUUGAUCUCGCUGAGACUUGGAUCCUCUUGUGGUACCUGCUUGUGAUAGUCACUGAUCUCUCUCUGAUCAAGCUGACAUUUUUGUACAUAUUUGUGUUGAAAAAAUGAUUUACAUUAAAUGUUGGAAGAAUUUUCAUUUGGUUUUUGUUUUACAAGCCAAGAGACAAGAUGAACUGGACUAAAGCAUUUGAUCCAUGUAGAGGGUUUGGCAGCCAUUGUUGUUGAAUGAUGGAAUUGCUUUUUUGUCAUUAUAAAUAGCUUUGUUUUUGGUA